GGGGGCAGCGGCGGGCGGGAGGGAGCGGCGGCUGCCCGCUGUCAGGCCCGGCCGGUGCCGUUCUGGGCUGCCGUGCUCGGGAACGGGGCGCGGCCCGCGGCCUGCGGAGACCGGUGGCGUCUGAGGGGGGUGCGGGUCGAGAGGGGACCGCGGUCCCCGCCCGGCGAAGGUCUCCGGCCGGGCUCGGGCUGAGAGCGGCUGUGGUGCGGCCCUUUCUCCUGCCGGCCCGGGGCUGGGCGCCGGCCUGUGGGAGGCGUGGGGCUGUGCCCUCCAGAGCCCGGGCUGGGUCUGCCCGCGUUAACUCGAGGGCUGUGGGACUCAUCCCUUGGUGUUCGUGAAGGGCCGUGCCCUCUAUUUUGGGCCUCUCCCUCUGCUUUCUAUAGAUAGACUCAGUUUCAAGCUUGUGGAAUAAUUGCAGUUGUGAGGGGUAGUUCGAGGCUAUGUGGUCACCAGAAGGAAUUUCCACAGGCUCCUUCAGAACUUCACGAAUGUCAAGCUGUCAGCUGAAGUAGAACCAUUUAUUCCUCAAAAGAAGGGUCCAGAAACACUAAUGAUCCCAAUGGCGCUUCCUAAUGACAGCGGAGGAAUUAAUGGUGUGGAACCAACUCCUAUCCCCAGCUACCUGAUCACUUGCUAUCCAUUUGUACAGGAAAAUCAAUCCAAUAGACAGUUUCCAUUAUAUAACAAUGACAUCAGAUGGCAGCAACCCAACCCAAAUCCUGCAGGACCGUAUCUUGCUUAUCCUAUAAUAUCUGCACAACCACCUGUUUCUACAGAAUACACAUACUAUCAGCUGAUGCCAGCACCCUGUGCUCAGGUCAUGGGUUUCUAUCAUCCCUUUCCUCCCCCCUAUUCAGCACCCUUUCAAACAGCAAAUGCUGUAAAUACAGUUACUACAGAAUGCACCGAGCGUCCCAACCCGCCAGGCCAGGUCUUUCCAUUAUCCACCCAGCGGAGCAGAAGCAGUAACAGAGGACCAAUCAUACCAAAACAGCAGCAGCAGUUACAGAUGCACAUAAAGAAUAAACGUCCUCCAGUGAAAAAUGUAGCCACUCAAAAGGAGACAAGUUCAUCAGGUCCUGAGAACAGAUCAAAGAUUGUUUUGUUGGUUGAUGCAUCACAGCAAACAGACUUUCCUUCGGAUAUAGCUAAUAAGUCACUUUCAGAGAGUGCCUCUACGAUGCUUUGGAAGUCAAAAGGCAGACGCAGGAGAGCUUCUCACCCUGCUGCAGAGUCCUCUAGUGAGCAGGGCGCAAGUGAAGCGGACAUUGACAGUGAUAGUGGCUACUGUAGUCCUAAGCAUGGCAAUAACCAGGCUGCAGCUGUGACUUCAAGAAAUGCAGAUUCUUGUGCAAUGAAUGUUGUUGAGCCAUCAAUAAAUGCAACUGGCACUUUCCUUUCAGCUGGUGUAAGUUGGACUAAUGUAAAUUCCCAGGCGACUCAAAAAAAGCCUUGGAUUGAAAAAACACAGACAUUUAUUAGAGGUGGAAGACAAGCUGAGCAAAGAAAUAGUUCACAGUCUGGUUUCAGAUGCAGAGGCCACAGCACAUCUUCAGAAAGACGACAGAAUUUGCAGAAACGACAUGAAAAGCCUCUAACUACAAGUCAGUCGAGUAGAGCAGAGCAGAGUCCUGAGCCUCUGUAUUUUGAGGAUGAAGAUGAGUUUCCAGAACUAAAUAGUGACAAUGGCAACAGUAAAAGUAGUAACAUCCAGCAGAAGAUUUCACCCAAAGUAUUAGAUGACUUACCAGAGAAUUCUCCGAUCAAUAUAGUCCAGACUCCAAUUCCCAUUACAACUUCUGUACCAAAGCGUGCGAAAAGUCAGAAGAAGAAGGCCUUGGCAGCAGCACUCGCAACAGCUCAGGAGUAUUCAGAGAUAAGCAUGGAACAGAAAAAACUCCAGGAGGCUUUAUCAAAAGCUGCUGGAAAGAAGAGCAAGACUCCAGUUCAGUUAGAUCUAGGGGACAUGCUAGCAGCUCUUGAAAAGCAGCAGCAAGCAAUGAAAGCUCGUCAGAUCACCAACACCAGACCUCUUUCAUACACAGUUGGCAGUGCUGCUCCCUUUCAUACCAAAGAGUCUGCCAACAGAAAGUCUUUAACAAAGGGGCAGCCAUCUAUGGGUUGCCUUAAUCCUUUGGAUUCAACUGCUCCAAAAGUGAAAAGAGGAAAAGAGAGAGAGAUUUCAAAACUGAAACGCCCUACUGCACUUAAAAAGAUCAUUUUGAAAGAGAGAGAAGAGAAGAAAGGCCGAUUAUCAGUAGAUCAUAGCCUUUUGGGAUCUGAUGAGCAGAAACAAGUUCAUAUAAGCCUGCCUACUGAUCAGUCUCAGGAGCUGGCCUCUCAAGAAGAAACGGGGCUAAGUAUGCCCAGUGAUACUUCACUUUCACCAGCAAGUCAGAAUUCUCCAUACUGCAUGACCCCAGUGUCCCAAGGCUCACCUGCUAGUUCUGGAAUAGGUAGUCCAAUGGCAUCUUCUGCAAUAACCAAAAUUCACAGCAAGAGAUUCAGAGAGUACUGUAACCAAGUUCUGAGUAAAGAAAUUGAUGAAUGUGUGACCCUGUUAUUGCAAGAGCUUGUCAGCUUCCAGGAACGAAUUUAUCAAAAAGAUCCCAUGAGAGCUAAAGCAAGGAGAAGACUUGUGAUGGGAUUGCGUGAGGUUACUAAGCAUAUGAAACUAAACAAGAUCAAGUGUGUAAUUAUAUCUCCCAACUGUGAAAAAAUCCAGUCAAAAGGUGGAUUGGAUGAAGCUCUGUAUAAUGUAAUAGCUAUGGCACGGGAACAAGAAAUUCCAUUUGUCUUUGCUCUUGGACGUAAAGCUCUGGGUCGUUGUGUGAACAAGCUGGUUCCUGUUAGUGUAGUGGGUAUCUUCAACUACUCAGGUGCUGAGGAUUUAUUUAAUAAGCUGGUAUCACUGACUGAAGAGGCCAGGAAAGCGUACAGAGAUAUGGUUGCUGCAAUGGAACAGGAACAGGCAGAAGAGGCUCUAAAGAAUGUCAAGAAGGCACCCCAUCACAUGGGUCAUUCUCGUAAUCCCUCUGCAGCAAGUGCUAUCUCAUUCUGUAGUGUUAUUUCUGAACCCAUAUCUGAAGUGAAUGAGAAAGAAUAUGAAACGAACUGGAGAAAUAUGGUAGAGACAUCAGAUGGGUUAGAAACCUCUGAAAACGAGAGAGAAUCCUCAUCCCAGACUGCAGUACCAGAAAAAGCUGGCAACGGUCAAAUUGCAAAAUCUACCCUUCAUAAACAGCCACCACUGGCUGCAACCAGCACUACCUCAGCAACAAAUCAUGGAAAAGCCACACCAGGUGAGAAAGAAGAGGUGAAACCAGAUGACAAUCUGGAAUGGGCCUCACAGCAGAGUACGGAGACAGGAUCACUGGAUGGAAGCUGCAGAGAUAUUCUGAAUUCCUCCAUGAUCAGUACCACCAGUACUCUUGUACCAGGAAUGCUAGAAGAGGAGGAUGAAGAAGAUGAGGAAGAUGAUGAGGAUUAUGCCCAUGAACCAAUUUCUGUAGAGGUUCAGCUUAAUAGCAGAAUUGAAUCUUGGGUUUCAGAGACUCAGAGAACUAUGGAGACUCUCCAGCUUGGGAAGACCCUUAGUGGUGCUGAAGAAGACAAUGCAGAACAAAGCGAGGAGGAAGAAAUAGAGACUUCUGAGCAGGUUGAUCCAGCUGUUGAUAGUGAGGAAUGGACAAAUGAUAAGCAUGCAAGUAACAUUCAGCAUAAGCCCACCAUCUGUGGUUCUUUGAAUAAGGAACAUACAGAUUCCAUCUACAUGCCGUAAAAAUCAGCAGGAACUCAGGAACUUUUUAGAAAUUAUAUUAAAACUAACUGUUGUAAAAGUUGCAGCCAUUAUUCCGUAUGCUUCAUCUCAACAUUUUGCACUGUUAAACAUUUAAUGCUUAUUUAAUUCACGAUAUUUUUGUAGCUGUCUGUUACUUGUUUGAUUUAAAAAUGAGCUUAGGUUUUAAUCACUAUCUAUUUCCCAGAGUAGAAACAGUGUGGAAAAUCUUUUGGUAAGUAAUCAUUUGAUGUCUUGUAAAAGGAAACUUCUUACAACUGACCAAUUUUAAGCAGAGUUCUUUUAUGUGACCAUUUAGCUCAUUCUCAAUGAGAUAACAUGCAUUUUAAGGCUGACAAGUUGCCAGUGCUUCUCACUGGUGUUAUGCCAGGUGUGUCAGUGUAUUUGGCUGUGAUUUUUUUCUGUCUAGAAAUAGAAGCAAGAUUUGGGUGAUUGUUUUCAAAAAAAAAAAAAAAGCUGGAAAAAACCCAUCUGUAGUCUUUACGAAAGUAAAUAGAGGAAAUCUAUACAUGGUUCCUAUGCUGACAUAAAUGCAAGUUCUUUGUUGGCCUUGGUGAAAGCAUCAUUAAAAAGCUGCUGAUAGAUGAAAUGAUUACGAUAAGCUAUACCAACUUUGGAUUUCAGAAGAACUUUAAGGUAGAGGGAUAUAACUACUGUAUUUAUUAUUAUUUUAGUUACAAAUUGGCAAUAUUGCAUAAGAACAGGAAAGGAGAAUUGCCCAUGCUCUCUGCAGUUGCUGUCUGCCAAACCAUAGAGUGGAUCACUAAUUGUAAUAUCCCUAUCCAGGGCUUUCAGUAAACUGAUGACUUCCUUUUUCUCCUCUGACUUACCUCAGGAAAGCUCUUUUUGCCUACUGUAAUCUAUGUAACAUUACAGAAAGGAAGAAUAAUUAUUUAACAGUGAGUGCAAAUGAUGCAGUGGCUCAGUUUACUGAUAAGUUCAUCUGCAUGCUUUGAUCCUGGCCACCUUCUUGUUGAAUUCAGGAUGGUCUUCACAGUUUGUACUCCAAAUGUGACCUCCUUCUGACUGUUCUCAUUUGUGGCAGCCUUAGGUGUUGACCUCUAGAGUAGAAAAGAAAGUAGUUAUCCCAGGAAAGGGGGAAGUGCUCUGCAGUCUGGGGAGGUGUUUCAGUGGCUCUGAGGUACAAGAAAGAAGCACCCCCUCACCUUGAACCACACGUAUGUAGAGAUUUUCUGUGAAAUUUGUUAACUGAUGAUGACUUCAUUUCAGAUUGGAGUAUGCUCAAACCUUGCACGCAAGGAAUGUUUUCCAUCUUUGUCUUAAAUUGGCAAGAGGUGUACUGAAACUGCCAGCAGCAGGAGCUUCACUACAAGAGUAGCCAAAGAGUAACUCACGUGAAUACACUUUAAUUCCACUUUAUUUUUCUUUAUCACUUGUAUCAAAAUGCAUUAAAAAAUCCCUCUGGAUUAGCUGAAAGAAAAACACAAAACUAGUUGGCUUAGUUGGGUGUUCAGUCCACACUCAUUAAUAUGGGACCAGCGCUUAUAGUAGUAGUAGUGCUGGCAUCUUGAGUUGCACUGGGAAAAUAAGACUCUGGGUUUAGAAAUGGUCUGCCCCUGGGUUUUUGAAUGCUAAUGAGAAUAAUAGAAUCUGUGUGUUCUGUAAAUAAACCUUUGAUAGAUACUGGCAUAGCAAAUGCUAUGUACAUAAGCAGUGUAGAGAGCUGCUUGGACAACUGGCUGUUCUGUCGUGUUCUUAGUUCCUUAAUGUAAUCUUCCUAGAUACUAGAAGAGGCAUUUUGUAGGAAAACAAAGACUGAGGAUUGACGCCUCCUGAAUGUUAAACUUUUCACUCUCUGUAUGGCAGACUUCUGUCUGUGUGUUUGCAAAGAGUUUUUGCUUUAGGAAAUGAUAGGUGUUUGAACUGCUGACAAGCAAAACUUGCCCUUGGAUGUGUAGGCACGUCUCAGCGUCAGCUGGGAUCAGUGUGUGCACUGAGGGCAAAACAGAACAUCAGAAGAGGAAAAAAAGAUGUUUGUAACUUUUCCAUUUGCUUUUUUCAGUGCCAGUGAUUCAAAUGACUUUUGAUCUUGAAGUAUUAGCAUCAAAUGCAUCUUUUUGUAUGUCUUUUUGAACUUGGAUUGUCAUUUUAAGGUUUUUUGACAUUUAUAUAUAUAUUAAAAAAAAACUUGUAAUAUUCAGCCCACUACUUAACUGCAAUUUUGCUACAGAUUUAAUAGUUCUUGAAGGUGACAUAGCACUUCUAAUAUUUCUCAACUUGCCAGCAAAUAAGGAACUAGUCUCUGUCAGUGUGGCAGAUCACUCUUGGAGGAGCAAACGAAAGGUGCAAAGGAAACUGGUCCUAGUGCUUCCUUUUUGAUAAGCCAGGAAUGAGCAAUAAUAGGGAGUGAAACUGCAGUUCCUCUGGGAGUGAUCCAUUUGCAUCUAAGUUUAGGGAAGUUCCUUACCACCUGAAGCACUUGAGAAGAGUAUCUCACUGUGGUAACUUUGAUUUUUAUUAUCAUCAGAAUGGGAGGGGGGGGAAAAAAGCAUAAAAAUGUUUUACAGUACCAUGACCUUUUUUUUAAGUAGCUGAAUUUCUAUUUGGUAUAUGAGUACACAGUUUAUUAUACAGGCUGUUAUGGUUCCCAAGAGAAGGUGUUUCUGUAGUUAUAGGUGUAUAGAUAUUUUUGUUGUGAAAAUGAUUAUUCAGAAAAUGAAUCUACUUUUCUUAAGGCAUUCUUUAUAGAGAUGAUUUCACCACUUAAUUUAUCUGGUAAAAUCAAAAGUAACGUAUCUGUGGUAGGGGUAGGGAUCUUUAAAGCUGAUAGAGAUGGCUACGUACGCAACCUAUUUAUAUAAAUACUAAAAGUAUCUCUUGACAUAAAAUGUGGAUCGCAAAUAUGUGAAAGGGAAAAAAUACUGAAGAGCUUUUGCCCUUAGUUGGGCCAAGUGAAAAUGACAGAGGUUCGGGACCUGAUCCUGUCAGCACGCACUGAAGAGCACUGCUGCCACUGCCUGGAGUCUGACUGACUUCUGCUCAGGCUGCGUGCAGGUGUUUGUACAAUUGGAGCUGAACAGUGACUGAGGGUAUUGACCUGUGUUUGAAAGAUUAAUUAUAGAAAAUGUUCAAAGAUGCACUUGUUGGUAUUCUUAUGGUAAAGGUAAGAGGUGUCCUUAUGCUCAUUUGGGUGGGAGGGAGCUUACACAGCGUGGUUCUGUCUGGUCCUUUAACACGAGCUUACAUUUAAUAACGUUACCUUACACACAUUUGUAUAAAGUAUUACUGUUUGAGAAGCUGCUGUUUGCUGAGACUGUCACUAAGUAUUUUGUGUGAAGUUGUGCCAACUAAUGGAACCACCGCGUUGGUUUCGGUGUCAGCCAUGUCGGGAGGAGACGUGGCGAUGUGUUGAUGAAACAAAAACCAGCAGAUGCAAAGCCAUAAAAACGCAUGAGAGGGCUCUGCCCCACCCUGCCCACGUAAGGAAACGAAAGAAUGUUCAACCCCAAACUUCCACUCCACUGAAUGGUAACGGUGAAAAUAGAAACCCAGUUGGCACAGCCCACCUUCUCAACGUUCAUCAAUAGUUCAUAUAUUUUACUUUUUAAAUAGUCUAAUUAGGAAAGCUGUUUAAUCUUUAAUGUCUUAAAAGAUUUAUGGUAAUACUUAGGUUAAAGCAGUAGAGAAAUUAUGAAAUACAAUAUGAAGGGGUUUGUUCCAUUUCUUUUUUUGCUGUAUGAAGGAUAAUUGUUCUGUCUACCGUACUUUUUGGAGUAAUAACAGCUUUUUUGCACUAUGUAAAUACUAGUGGGGAUUCUUCCAUAACUAAUAAAAAUGAUUGUAGAAAUUGA